CCGGUACAUCUCGUGACAUGCGCAUAGCGAUCUAAAAAAAGAUGGCUAGGCGUUUGACCGAAAGUUCGUGGAUAAAUAUUGUGCAAAAUCGUCGCUAAAAGAGGAAAAUAAGUGCUUGAAAAGUGUGCAAAGAAUACCCCGUCGUUUACGCAGCCGAAAGUCGUAAUUGGUUGUGGAAAAACACCGCCGUCGCUAGCGAGUUGCGCGUACUGCGGGAACUACUACUAACUACUAGGGAAUCCACACACCAACCCUGGAUCGGAACUGAACAAAAAAGUUUUUUUCGUUAAAAAUGUCGUCGAGAAGAAGAAGCCGGAGUAGGGAUAGAAAAAAUGCCGCUUCUAAGCUUCGGAUGGAUACUAAACCAAUGUCAGCCCGUAUUACAGACCCCAGCUUGCCGGCAGGAAGAAGGAGGGAAAUCGAUAACGUAAUGAAAAAAGCGAGGGCGCAAACAUCGCCCACAGCCAACGAAUUUUGGUCAAAAAAACUUUUGGAAGUAGAGGCUAAAGACCCUAACAGGUAUGUUUUGCUUAACUGCAUACGGAUUUUCUCGUUUCAAAGACAUUUUGAUUUAAUCAAAUUCACGAUCCGCACAACAAGGUCCAUCUCGUUUCGCCGCAUACUAAAAUUCACAAAGUUAGGCAACCCACUGCGCAGACACUAA